AAUGAGUGAAAGAGAGAGAGAGAGAUCCGGUAUUAUUUGUGAGGGGUGUCAACCGGGUUCGGUAACCGGCAAACUUCCCAAAACACGCACCGUCUCACUGACGUAUGACGUCACUAAGUCAUCCUGCGAUCAGGGAUCGGUUCUAGGCCAAGAAGUUGAUGGUUUUGUCGUGUUUGGGACCGAACACCGAAUCAGUAAUCCUCCCGUUUUGCCGCCCGGUACACUUAGUUUCGCUUUAAAAAAUAUUUUGUGUAUACAGUAUAUAUAAUAUAUUUUAUUGAAGAGACUUUUUCUGAUAUACACAUAUAUAUAGCUACACACACGCGUAUUUAUAGACACUGUUCCACGUAUAAAUAUACGUGUAUAUAUACGUGUAUAUAUACGUGUAUAUAUAAUCCUUUUUGUUUUUGUCCAUAUACAUGUUUCAUCUUUUGCUGUAGGCUGAACGAUCGCAUGUGACGAAUCAUCUGUUUCUUUCGAUCGCAUGCAUGAAUCUCCAUAAUGCAUAUCUGAAAUCCACACACACACACACACACAUGAAACAUAAAAGACGGAGAUAAAGCAUGUUUAUAUGUCACGUUUAGAAGGAAUUAUGAUGGCGGCGGUUGUGGUGUAUCAGAAAGGAUACCCAGAGACACUGGACAACAACAAUGCGAUUGGUGCAAGACGAUGUGCUGCAGUGACAGAUAUGCUGCACUGAUUCCUGAAGUGAAUAAUAAUAAUAAUAAUAAUGGUGGUGGUGGUGGCGGUGGUGAAAGUAGUAGUAGUAGUAAUGUGAUUACAAAUAAGAAGAGGAAGACGAAAGAGAAUCGAACGUGAGUUGAGGAGGAAGAAGUAAAGAAGACCAUUAUCUCCAUUGGUGAUGUUUGCAGAAACAGCAGCAACACCAACAUAAACAACUGCAACAACAGCAACGGCAGUAAUUUAAAGAGCAGUAGCAGCAGCUGUGAAAUCGACAACAUCAACAUCUGCAGCAGUUGUAAGAAGAAGAAGAGAAAGAACACUUAUUUGUAAAAUACCAAUAGCAACAAGAACGUUAUUUGCAAACAACAAGGAUUUUUAUUUGUGACAAUACGAUCGGCAUGGAUAUCGUUUGGGGGAACAACGACCGUGUUUAAUAACGCUAAGAAGAUAUUUGGAAGAUUUCAGGGGGGGAAAACAAAAUGAUGACCCUUCUUCCGUAUCAAGGAUUUUAACUUGCGGUGAGAAGAACAAAGAUACUUUUAACAACAACAGAAAGAAUAUUUGUCAAGACGGAAACGAAGGAAGAGAUAGAAGUACAUUUACACACACACACACACACACACACACACACAUACACGCACGCACACACACAUAUGCAGACAAACAGACAGACACGAAUCCUGAAGUAGUGGAAAUUUUCAAGAACGAAUGUUUUAGAAACAACAGCAACCAAACACGGAACAAGAAAGAUUUGAAUUUAAUUUUCUGAAAAGUGAAACAACCUGCAACGAGGACAACACAAUAAUAAUAAUAAUAAUAAUAAUAAUAAUAACUAUAAGGAACUAACCGUGCCAACCUCUACGUAUCCGCUCCCACUGCUAGAUGUAACGACCAAAUUAUCCUCAAAUUUCACAUUUGGAAGAAGAAAAAAAAAGACAUUGGAUAAAGUAGUCUUCCAUUAAAUUGUGGUUGGAAAAAUUAAGACGGAAUGAUGAUAGGUAAAUCGCCUUUGACCAUUGAUCUUUUAGAUUGGGGUUGACCGCAGCCAAACAACAUUACUACUCCGGAUACAGAAGCAGCUUACCGCAAUAUUACUGUGAUAACGGACACGAAGCAUGCUAUAUAUAUAUGUGGGUAUAUAAAAUAUAUCUGAUAUUAUAUAUCAAUAUGUUUGUGUAAUGAAGGUAAGGCAGUUGAGCAACGGGAGUCUGAGAGUAACUGUUGCUUCUUCAGUAACAAACGGGGAUUACGUUUUCCCCACCACCACCAGCACGUCUCCUAAUUGUAUUACCAUUUUAUGGCACCGAGAUUCAGACAUGACGUUACAGCACAGUUCGUCUGGUCAGGCAUGGACAUUAUUCUAUACAGUUCUUCCAAUACAGCUGUUUACAUGAUUGAUAAUAGCAACUGGCCAUAACUCGGAACAUUAGCAGAAAAAACCCCCCCACUCUGUCUGACAUAACCAACAGACACAAUUUCAUUAAAACAAAACCACCACACACACUAUAUAUAUAUAUAUACACGCGCACAUACAUUCACACAUUAACAACAAUAAACAUUUACACAUACAUACGCACGUAUCUACCUGUCUGUUUACACACAAAACUACAAUAAUACACUGAAUGUAUCAAUAACAUUAUACACACAAACACUCUCUCUCUCUCAGACACACACCGAUAACAGCAUAUUACUGCAUUUUGAUGUAUACAUCCAUUAUUAACAACUCCGACAAUCUAUUUUAUAUUAUACAUACAUACACAAACUAAAUAAACUAUGAAACCAAUGAAGGCACAUCUAUAUGGUCACUAGACUUACUAGAAAUAGCUGUUGAAUUUCCGAUAUAUCACACUCUACCGACUUUUUCUAUCAAGCGAAAGGGAAGGAAAUACAAAAUAAUGUGGCCAUAAAAAAAAAGGGAUGAUCACGGUUAAAAUGUGUUUUAAAUCAGAACUGAACUGGUGCUAACCCAACAACACAGCUACAAAGUGAGCCAGUAAAACGUACGCAAACACAAUAACGAUCCAAAUAAACGGAAAGAAGAGAAGAAACAAAGACAGCGUGUAAGAGAUGGCAGACGGCUACAAGAGACAGUUUUUAUUGUUGGUGCUGUGUACAUCGUUAUGGUUGGAACAGAUGUUAGCAGAAUCUUAUGACGGUCACCAACGAGACGAUGGCCAGCAGCAAGGACAGUAUAAUAAUCAUCACCAUCACAAUCAUGAUUAUUACCAUCAUCAUCAACAGCAGUAUCCUUAUGACGGCAGCGACCUGUCCGUUUGGUUGGAGAAACACAGACUUGCCGAGUACACGGACUUAUUGUCAUCAGCAGGCGUCUCUUCACUUGACCAGUUUGCUGCCUUCGAUGAAAAGAAACAUAAAAGUUUCCAAGUCCUUUCCACACUGGAACUGGGGAAGAUCCGAAGGGCCAUUAACCUGCUGCAAGGUGAGAAACAACUGCAGGAGUGGUUACACACUCGGGGACUCCUUAACUACUUUUCCAGUUUAAAAGCCCUGUCUGUCGAGAAUCUCACCCACCUGAACCAGUUAAAAGAUGAACACCUUCGCAUGAUCACACAACAUGAUCGCAGCCAAAAGGAUUAUUUAACUUUUAAGAAAGCAAUUGCUGAUCUCAGGGCGAAAGAGAAGAAAGAACUUGGAAGUAUUUACCGUUAUUGGGUUGUUUUCGUCUGGUUGAUGUUUUCAGCUAUUGUGGGCCUUGCUAUGAUGUCAUUGUAUGGAACAGUGACCUGGUUUCAGACCACGCCAAACAGCAAGACAAGAUUUCUGGACUUCUUCAUCGGCAAGUAUCCAGCGCCUCAGUCUUGCAGAGUCAUUUGGGAUUGGACAGAGCCACAGUUUGUUGGCAAAACAAUGACCUUUACUGUGAAGUUUUAUCAAAAAAACGGUAAACCUUACCCAGUGUCAAAUUACGACAACAUUGUUGUUGAAAUUUUACACCUUGGUGCCAAGGUGACCACAACAAUUGAUUUUGGCAGUGAAGAACCAGAAAAGUCAAAUGAGGCGAGGGUGUCGUUCACAGUUCACCGUUCCGGAGAAUACCUCAUAUCUGUCUUGGUUGGAUUUAUGCAUAUCAAAGGCAGCCCUUUCAAAAAGUCUUUCCAGCCAGGCGCCAUCGAUGCCACAAAGACCAAAUUCAUGAAUUACAGUUCAACAGUGGUAUGCACUCUCGGUACCUCGCACCCCUUAAUGAUUGAGACCCGAGAUAUGUUUGGUAAUUUGACCCCUUACAAAACGGACCACCAGAACUACUUUAAAAUAAGAGUAAGAGAGACCGGCACAAAUUGCCGACAUAAUCCUGUGACACAAAUCUUCUAUGACACAACCAGUAAAAGGUUGACCAUGCACAUCUGUAUGGAGAAAGGAGGGAGCUUCCAGGCUGUCGUCACCUACGGAGAUGUCAAGUUGAAGAAUGGUGAAUUCAACAUACUUGUACUGAACUUAAAUGACACAACAAGAGUGAAGAAGAAUCUUGCAAAGCGAAGUCAUGACAUUUGGUACGAGGCAAGGCUUCUGUCUUGCAACCAUGAACGCCUGGAGAAACCCAAGAAGGUUUAUGUCUAUAUGUCUCCAAAGCAAUUAACACUGAAAGAAUAUUAUUUCUUCUUAUUUUCAAAAAAGCUUUUUACAUUCCGUGUUUGUCCAUCAACUAAGUUUUACUUCAAUGGCUUCAUCAACCAGUAUGAUAAUGAGCCUGUCUUUACCAUAGACGAUGGUUCGCAACCCCCUGUUGUCCUGGCGGCCAAAGAACGCAACAUCAUUGCUGCCACUUUUACCAGUUUCUUACUGAAGAACAUCGGAGGCUCUGAGACGUUCCAGGAUAAACAGAAUUUCUUUAAUCAUGAGAUCCGUCAGCUUCAUCACAAACGAGCCCAUGACCGCUUACAAUUCACAACUAACCGGCACAACAUUUUACAAAGUUCCUACAAAGUCACCAAAAAUUUCGACGUAUCAGAUUGGUGUCGGAAUUUUGAAAUCACAUUCUUUGGCGAAGAAGGUCUGGACUGGGGUGGACUGAGACGAGAAUGGUUUGAAAUUCUGUGUACGGAACUGUUUGAUCCAAAUGCUUCAGGCCUUUUCAAAAGAUUUGCAGCAGACGAUUCACAAGGUCUGGUCCACCCCAAUAACAAACGUCUGCUAACACAGAAGCCAAAAUACUAUGAAUUUGCCGGCAAGAUAGUUGCCAAAUGUCUCUAUGAGUCGUCCCUGGGUGGUACCUACAAGCAGCUGGUGAAGGCCAAAUUCUCUCGAUCAUUCCUUGCCCAACUCAUUGGUUUACGUGUCAAUUACAAGUAUUUUGAAACUGAUGAUCCAGAACUCUACAAGACCAAAAUUUUAUACAUUGAAGAAAAUGAUGUUUCUGACAUGGAGCUGACAUUCUCUGAAGAGGAAUAUAACGAGGAAACUGGACAGUUAAUAAGGGUUGUCGAUCUCAUUCCAAACGGUUCCAAGAUUCUUGUGACCAACAAAAACAAACUCUGGUACCUGGAUCUCCUCGCUGAACAUCGACUUUCGGCAUCGGUGAAAGAGGAAGUGGACAGCUUUCUGCGGGGCCUCAAUGAACUCAUUCCUGACAACCUGUUAAGUAUCUUUGACGAGAAUGAACUCGAGCUAUUAAUGUGUGGUACAGGUAACUACAGUAUAACUGACUUCAGACAACAUCACUCUGUAUGUGGCACCUCUCCAGCCUUUGGCAAAGUGCUCGAUUGGUUUUGGACAAUUGUUGCCAGCUUCACUGAAGAACAAAUGGCCAGACUUCUGCAAUUCACCACAGGUUGUUCCCAGUUGCCACCUGGAGGGUUUUCAGAGCUGAACCCCAAGUUUCAAAUCACUGCUGCUCCCACAUUUAACACAUUACCAACUGCACACACCUGCUUCAACCAGUUGUGUCUCCCAGAUUAUGAUUCCAUCGACAAAUUCCACAAAGCCCUAAUGAUAGCAAUUAAUGAAGGCAACCAGGGAUUUGGAAUGGUCUAACAAAGGACAAAGGGGACAGGGUAGGGGGGAGAGAGCGGCUGUGGGUGGGUGGAAGGGAAAUGUUUAUAGGAGGAGGUGGAGGGAGAGGAGGAGGUAGAGCAUUGAGUGAAAGUGGCCAAUGUGAUAAGUUGGGAAAUAAGUGUGUGUGUGGGGAGGAUGUGGAGUGAAAGUGUUCCAUUUCUUGUGUGUGAGUGUGAGGAAAUCUGCCACAGCAAAUUUCAUUUGACCCAGGCAAGCCUGGACAACUGGACGUUAAAAUGAUGUUGUUGAUGAUAGUGAUGAUGAUGAUAUCUUGACUACCGAUGUUAAUGAAGUGCCAUUGACAAGACAACUGGACCGCUCUGUGCCCCGCCCUUCACAUAUAUAUCUUGUCCUUCCUUCCUUCCUUCCUUUCUCUCACCUUCUGUGAUCUUGGUUUGUUCAAGGUGCACCUAGAAAGUGGUCCCACGCCCAACUCUUCUUUGACUCCUGACAGCAACAAAAGUGCACUGAGAUAACCUCGCUGACUGCAGUGAAGGAAAAAAGUAUAAACACAGUUUAUGCGAUGUGCAAAGUUGGCCCUCAAAGAGGUGUGUGUGUGUGUGGAUUUUUAAUCUCAUGGAAUAUUAAAAAUACAGUUUGGUUUGGUUGGUGGGGGUGGGGAGGAUCCUGCUGAAUUUUUGAUGGAAAAGGAGGUGGGGGAGGCUCUCAUUCUGCAGGAUAAUUUUAAAAAAAACAGAAAAAAAAUAAUUAAAAACAAAAGGAAAAAAAUAUUCACAAUACACACAGACUAACCAUUUGUAAUGAUUA